CCCUCAAACAGAGGACUGCGAGCGGCUCGUUUGCGUUGUUAUGAAAUGCAAAUAAACAGGCGUGGUUUUCAUAAAGUGGGGAAGUUGGACUGACAGCCGAGCAGCCGAGGCCCGACGCUUUGAGCACAGCAUCACUCUCAGUUACAGAAGCACUCAUGCGUGCCGUCUCCUUUAAGAAGCGCGCGCUGAUUCAGUGCUGUGCGGCUGCUAUGAAGUGCAAUGAGACAUGAAUCUUCACAUGAAGAAAUACAAACCGCUUGUAUUCAGAACGAACAUUUCAGCUCUAACGCGUGUUUAAGCACACAUCUGUGUGUGUGUGUGUGUGUGUGUGUGUGUUAUGGAUAUGAAAUGGCAGGAUUAUAACCGGACACACUGACGUGGCUGUAGGCGGGGCUCGCAGCUGUCAACGUCACCUGACGCAGUGACGUCACACGCAGCACCCAAAAUGGCGGAACAACAACACAGCAGAGGAGCGGACGAUGAAGACGAGGUGUACGAGAUGCUGGAUCUGACCGCACACGCUCGGACGCAGCAGUGGUGGAGCGCCGUGUUCGGGAGCAGCUCCGGCCCCAUCGCAGAGAAACACUCCGUGGCCACUCAGAUCAUGACGGGUGGAGCGGCGGGCUGGUGUGUGGGGUAUGUGUUCCAGCGCGUGGGGAAGAUCGCCGCUACAGCCGUCGGAGGAGGAUUUCUGCUGCUGCAGAUAGCCAAUCACAGCGGCUACGUCCAAGUCGACUGGAAGAAAGUGGAGAAAGACGUUAACAAAGCAAAGAGACGUCUGAAGAAAAACACCAACAAAGCCGCACCGGAGUUCAACACGUUUAUCGAGGAGGCCACUGAAUUUGUGAAGAAAAACAUUGUGGUUUCAAGUGGAUUUGUGGGUGGCUUCCUGCUUGGCCUGGCCUCUUGAGCUGAUGCUGUGAGGAGCGUCUUCCCAUCAUGCACCUGAAGAUAGGCUGGCCUGUACACUCAUUAACCAGUCAGGACUUGAUGUGUUUGAUGAUAUAGAGGUGAACGUGAUCUUAUUCUUUACAGAACUGUGUGCUUUACUCCGAGAGUCUGUCUAAAACACUGGGAUGCUUAUGCUUAUCUCUGAAAACAUUAUUAUUCUCUGCUAAUGCUUGUACAGGUUGUGUGUUCUUGGUGAAGUUACAGUUGUAUUUUCAUGUUUGGUAAAUCUUUGGGAUGUCAUGUGUUGUUUACGUUCCUCAUUACGGUCCGCUAGCAGACUUAUGUUUGUUCACUCGCGGUUUCUUUAUGGGGAACGUUUACAUUGUAAAUAAAAAUCACCUCUGAUUCAAGUUUUUGACAUCUUGACUUUAAGAUCAGCAGUAUUUUAUGAUGAAAUAUCACUGCAGUUACUGUAAAGAGCAUUAGUUUGCUCCAGAUGUUGUAAUGUUCCUCCAGGCUUGUGUUGGAGCUGUGAGCGGGGUCAGAGGGCACUGGAGGCCUAACUCACAGAGAAAUAAACAGAACGUGUGUUUAUCCAUUCAGUGCAUUUUACAAUUACUAAUAUAAAAAAAGCAUUGUUUGCAGCCAUUGUUUUUAAAGCGGAAUGAGCCGUUCAGUCUUGUGUUUGUCAGUAAUUAUAAUACUUCACUUGCACUGGCCCUGUAUUUCUCUCGCUUCCGCAAUCAUUUUACUUUUCGCAUUUUGCCGUCUUUCAUCUCUCCUUUAUUAUUCAUGGAAUAAUGUUUUGAUACUAUCUUCAAGGCUGGCAUGCAAUCAUUCACGAUGCAAUCUGAAGAAUACUGAAAGCUGAAUAUACAGAAUGUCAUCACAUAUUGUUGUAUUCUAUACAAAUAAGUUUAAAGGGGUCAUAUGAUGUUGCUAAAAAGAACAU